CUAAUGUAAGCCCCGCCCCCUCCCGGCUGCACGUGUGCAGUGAUUGGUUGAUUGACAGCACCUGUGGGGCCCCAGCUCCCCUCCACGUCUGCCUGCCGUGGAUGUGUCGCGUCGUGGAGCCGUGAAAUCCGACUCUAACAUGCUUGUGGCGAAAUGUGUUUUAUCCGCAAUGACACUGUUGUUGGCCGGCUGCCAUGGCAACGAAAGGCGGCCAAGACAAGGCCACGAAGUGACGGAAAACGACACGCCGAGUGGGAAUUCCACCAACAUGACGCACUUCGCGUACGGCAUCGCUGCCAACGUGGCCGCGGUGCUGCUGUACGGCAGCAACUUUGUUCCCGUCAAAAGAAUCGAAACCGGAGAUGGCAUGUUUUUCCAGUGGGUGAACUGUGCGGCCAUAUGGGUGGUGUCCAUGAUGGGAGACCUGAUGCUGCACUCUCCAAAGUUCCACCCGUUUGCCAUGCUUGGAGGUGUCAUCUGGGCUACAGGGAGUAUAACGGUCGUUCCCAUCGUUAAGGCCAUUGGCCUCGGCCUGGGGGUUUUGAUUUGGGGGUCGUCCAGUUUGCUGAUUGGCUGGGCAACGUCAAGGUUCGGCUGGUUUGGGAUUGCUGCUGAGGAUGUUUCCAGGCCCAUCUUGAAUUACUGUGGUGCCGCAUUAUGUCUGCUCAGCGGGCUCAUCUUUUUCUUUGUGAAAACGGACGUGCAGCUGCAUCCCAACCCCGAAAUGGUUCCAUUACUCAUCGACGAGCGAACAAGCUCCGGCAGCCACAGGCUGAGGUCCUCAGAGUUCUGGAUCGACUGCAUCGCACCCAAGACCAGACGCCUUGUAGGCUGCAUGCUGGCUGUGGUGUCAGGCGUGUUGUACGGGUCCUGCUUCACGCCCGUCCUGUACAUCAAGAGCCAUUCAUCAUGUCCUGACAGCGUCUUCCACGGUGCCAGUCUUUACGAUCUGGACUACGUCUACGCGCUUUGCUGCGGUAUUUUCCUGGCCAGCACUGUGUACUUCGCCUUGUACUGCGCCGUCAUGAAGAGUCAGCCAAGGAUCUACCCCAGAGUCGUUCUACCAGGUCUGAUGUCUGGGCUGAUGUGGACGUUGGCCACGUACUGCUGGUUCCUGGCCAACAACUACCUGAGUGCCGUUGUUACUUUUCCCAUCGUCACGGCUGGUUACGGCCUGGUUGCAGCACUGUGGGGAAGCCUGGUGUUCCGGGAGAUUAAGGGGUUAGUGAACUGCUUCAUCUUCGCUCUGGCAUCCUGCGUGGUGCUGACUGGCUCCUUGUUGACGGCCGUCUCCAAAGUGUGACACAAAGCCUGUUAGCUGCUGACUUCAAAUAUAUAUCAAUGCUUCUCAAA